AUGAUCAAUUUCAUACUUAUGGUUAACAAAUAAGGGCAGACAAGACUCGCACAAUAUUUUUAGUUUCUUAGUGUCAAAGAAAGGAUGACCCUAGAAGGAGAAUUAAUUCGAAAAUGUCUAUCUAGAAGUGAAACCCAAUGUAGUUUUCUUGAACACAGAGGCUAUAAGGUUAUUUAUCAAUUUCAUUCUCUAGAUUAUUUACAGAAGAUAUGCUUCUCUUUAUUUCAUAAUCGGGAUGGAUCUAGAAGAAGAAGUAAUUCUAUAUAAUUAUCAUCAAGAAUGAAAUGGCUUAUUUAGAAUUUAUUCAUAAUUUGGUUGAAACUCUUGACAAGUAUUUUGAAAAUGUAUGCGAAUUAGAUGUAUUUUGCAUAUUAAUCAAUUUAGAUAAUGUUUAACAUUGAAAAAGCGCACUAUAUUUUAGAAGAAAUGGUGAUGAAUGGCCAAGUUGUAGAAACCAAUAAAACUUAAAUUCUAGGUAUUCAAUGCUUCUAUAAGCAUAGCUCCAAUUCAUGUAUUAGAUAAGGCUAAAGAUGAAUGAUGUUUUGGUUAUUUAUUUCAUUAUUGUUUUUAUCAGAAC